AUGCUGCAACUGAAGAGUCCUCCCUAUGUGUGUUGGAUAUGUCUCUCUGGGAAGAGGCUCUCUGGCUCGUCUGCCAAUAGCUCAUCCAACAGUCGCUGCAAGGGCUGCAAGGGCAUGUAUGCCACAGUUCAGCACUCAGACAAACCGUCCCUUCCGCAGGACCCGUUUUCAAAUGCUAUCUCCGACCAAAAGCCCUCCGAGCAUGUUAACAUCCGGGACCGCCUCCGGGCCUGGGAGGCGGAGAACCCAGAACCUGCUCAGCUGAUUCCGAGAGAUCAUCAAGAGUCGGGAGCCGCAGCGGAUUACAUGCCGCAAAGCCAAAGCCCGUUCAUGGUGGAGGUCGAGACCGACUCAGAUGCACAAGACUUCAACCAACAUCUCUAUGACGGCGACGACCUGGUUGAUCUACGGUCCAAUGCGGCGGUCCUCCAAGCCGGUGACUUGGUCGAGAUAAGCUCAAGCGCAUGGCGGAUACAGCUGCUGGCCGUUUGCCUCGGUGAAUUUAACGGUUACCAGCAUUUCUACACGAACACUGGUAAAUGGUUUACCACUCAUGGCGUCCGGACACUCUUCACGGUCAAGGGCUUUGCCGACGCAUCUGAAAUCGGACCAGUGGCCGAUUCCUUGCCGUCAAAAUCAGCAUCCGUGGGACUGUUGAAUAUUCUCCAGGAUCUGAAGGCCGGUCCCUCGCGCCAUGUUGGCGCCGGUUUGAUCCGGAAGAUGAACUCGUUCCUCGAUGACACGCGCUUCAUCUACCAAUCCAACGCGGGAAAACUCGACAAUGCGUUCCGAUACCUCGGGGGGGAUGAGAAGUCCAUGGCCUUGGCCGACAUUGCCGGUGUCUUGCUUCACAAGGGGUUUAAGAAGAGGGACAGGUUCACACCGGCAGCAUUGUAUGCUGUGCACAGGGCUCUUCUGUUAGACGAUGUCGGAUUCCGUCCCGCAAGCCGCGUCGACCAUACUCAAACCUAUCUCUUCGAGAUCACUUCCGAGGCUGACGUCAAGACCAUCGACAAAGUCGAGAUGCUUGUGCAGAAGCAUUACGAGCAAUCCGUCUCUAACAGGGGCAAAUGGUCCGACGACGAGCUGGAAGCCUCCGUUUUUGGCGGGUUCCUGCUCAAAGCUCGUAAGGCCAUUGACGACGGCCGUCGCAGCAGGAUGUGGUCCCCUCACGGAACACUGAGGACGUCAUCGAUUCCCGCCUCCCCGAUCCUCCCCGGCUGGACCGAUUUGGAUCUCGAGCUCAUCCAAUUCAUGCACAUGUGGGCUGCGUCGGAAAAGUUCGGCAGCUCAUCGCAGCGCCACUGGAUUGGAUCAGCCAUUCUACGGGCUCUAGGCCGGUAUCAGGAUUGCGAGUACCUGGACCAGGCCGUCGCAUGGACAUUUCUCCAAGAAAUCGGUUGGGUCAAGCCGUGGGAGAUCCAAGCUCGUUAUAGACUCCGACUUACUGGUGUACAACUCGAACGUGGCGGAGGGGUAAAGACCACCGAGGGGGCUUUGGUGAAGUCGCUACUUAAGCCCGAUAUUUUCAGUGGCCGUAGGAAAGACUUUGCUAAGACCCGGGUAUUCUGCAUCGAUGCUGAGAGCGCCUCGGAUAUCGACGACGGCGUCUCACUUGAGCCCACCGAAACUCCCGGGGAGUAUUGGAUCCACGUACACGUCGCCGACCCUACCUCGUCUAUCCGUGUUGACAGCCCUUUGGCAAACCAAGCCGCUCUUGUCCCCCAAACGGUCUAUCUCCCAGGGCACUUCAGUCGUAUGCUUGACAACGACAUUAUUAGGAAGAAAUUCUCCUUGGCCGCGGGGCGGCCUUCUCUCACUUUCAGUGCGAAAGUGAACACCCAAGGCGCCUUGCUGGACUACAAAAUUACCCCGGCUUUCUUGCGAAAUGUCACAUACAUCACCGGCGACGCGGUUUCUGCAGCCUGUGGCGAGGAAUCGCCACAAGAGGCUUGCCCUCGUGAGGUAUUCGCCGUGGGGAAAGCGUCUGCCACAAAACUGCCGCCCAACAGACAUAUGACCAAGGCCGAGGACCUAUCCGCCAAGGACAUCGAUGACCUCCAGACUCUGUCGCGCCUAGCCAAGGCCAUCCGAGGUAAUCGCCUCGAUAAGGGCGCCAUGCCCACCUAUCUCCCAACUCCGUCGGUUACCGUCUCUUUUCAGGGUGUGGAGGUAAACAAGUCUCCCGACGGCUUCAUGCGCUGCUCCGGUGACCCGUAUAUUAAGAUCGCGUACGAUUCAUCAAGGGGCAACCCCAUCGUCGAUGGCACGAUGCAGCUGGCAGGCGAGGUCGCCGCGCGGUGGUGCCACGAACGGGGAAUCCCCAUCCCUUAUAGGGUCCAGCCGCGAGCCGCCCAGAACAUGGACCUCCUCCGCAAAUUCACGCGGGAGGUCUUCUAUCCGCAGCUCGCCAGCGGCCAGCGGCCGAGCGAGGAGAACUGGCAAGUCAUACGCACGCUGAGCGGCGGGUACGACAUCUCCACCACGCCGACGCCGCACUUCACCAUGGGCAUCGACAUGUACACCAAGGUCACGUCGCCGCUCCGGCGCUACGCGGACAUGCUCGUCCACUGGCAGAUCCAGGGGGCGCUGCUGGAGGAGGAGCGGCGUGGCGGGUCGCUCGUGGGCAACACGGACGACAGCUUCCUGCCGUUCGGGCGCGAGGAGCUGGAGCAGCAGGUGUUCCCCAUGCUUCGGGUGCGGGAGCGGCACGCCGUGCUGCUGGACCGGUCCCAGGGGACGGGCGAGUGGAUGCUGCAGGCGCUGGUGCGGGCGUGGAGGUUCGGCGACGCCGUCACCGAGGGCGCCGCGCUGCCGCCGACCUUCCGCUUCACCGUCGCCGACGUGGUCGAGAAGAGGGUGCUCAAGGGCAGGCUCGACUGGUUCGACCGCCCCGCCCUGAUGCAGGCCGAGGGCCUGGUCGGCGCGGGCGAGGGCGGCGCGUCCAUGAGGAUAGCGGACGUCAACGUCGGGGAUGUCUUUGAGGUCGAGCUGAGCGACGUUGUUGUCUGUAAGAGGAGGAUCCUCGUCAAGGCGCUGAGGAGGGUCGAGAACAUGGGGGGCAUGAUCUCCAGAGCCCCGUCCGCAUGA